UCUUGUUUUUUUUUUUUAUUACUGCAGCUAUAAUUUAAGCAUUGCAACAAGGUUGAUUGUCAAAAAGGAACAAUUGGUUCCUAGUCAUUCCUAGGGAUGACUAGGAAAAUCAUCUUUUUUGUUCGGCAUUUUAGUACGUUGAGGAGAAAGCCUGAGCAAAAGGUCAAAGUCUCAGUUUUGUGCCUUCGCUCUUAACCUCCAGCCAGUUGCCAUGCGACUCAAACUCUAAAUCAAAAGGGAUUAGCUCAGCCACAACAGAGCUUUCACAGCUGCAUUAUUACUCCAAGGUAGUCCUAUUUUUCUCUCUCUCUCUCUGCUGCUCUCCUCACUGCUUUUCCAGAGAAUGAGUUCUGUUUAAGAUUCAAACUGUGCUCUUCUUCGCUCUAUUUCUUCUUUUCCCUCCCUGCUUCAUCUGCACACAGGCUGCAGAUAAACAGCUUCUAAGUGGGAAAGCAGCUGGUUGUUUCACAAUAUUGCAGUUUAUUUUAGGUGCAUUCUUCACAGUGAUAUAUAUGUAUUGUGUGUGUAUGUGUGUGUGUGUUCGUUCAGAUUGGAUGUGGCAGCAAGAGCAGCUCCUGUAUUGCACCCUGCAUAGUAAACACCCAUAUCAUUAUCUAAACACAAAGGGACAGGUAGGAGACACCGGAGUCCCUUGAUCUUUCCUCUCGCAGAUUUUCCUGCUCUCUCUCCAUUUGUCACCAUCUCUCUCAACAUUGCAGCGCUGCACACAGUAACAGCACAGUUUUCUUUCUUUUCUUUCUCGGAGGAUGUGGCUGACUCUCCUGUACGGCUGCGCCGGCGGUGCCGCUCUGCUCUACGCGCUCUACAGAUGGGUGAUCCCUGCUGUCGUGCAGCACCACGCGGGGCUGGCGCUCAUUUGGCACGACACCAUCGUGGAGGGACUGCUGAACGCGCUGACCCAGACCACGCGUCCUCAGCGGAUGUUGGCUGCAGUGCAGAAGAACGCCACUAGAGGGGACCCUCGCAGCGUGGUGAAGGCCAUCGAUCAGUUCUGCAGACAGAAGGAAUGGGCCAUGAAUGUGGGAGAUGAGAAAGGGUGCAUCCUGGACUCCGUGGUGACCGAAGUGAACCCGGCGACGGUGCUGGAGCUGGGAACCUACUGCGGCUACUCCACCGUGCGCAUCGCCAGCCUGCUGCCGCCUCACGCCAAGCUCAUCACCCUGGAAUUCAACCCGCACAACGCCGCCGUCGCUCGCCAGGUGAUCGCUUGGGCAGGACUGGGAGACAAGAUCCAGUUAGUGGAAGGAGCAUCUGGUGACUGGAUCCCCAGAAUGAAGGAGAAGUUUGGGAUAGAAACGUUUGAUUUGGUUUUCUUGGAUCACUGGAAAGACCGCUACCUUCCCGACACCAAGCUGAUGGAGGAGUGCAGCCUCCUCAGGAAAGGCAGCGUCCUGUUGGCAGACAACGUCAUCUGCCCCGGAACGCCCGACUACCUGGAGUACAUCCGCAACAGCCCCCGGUACAGAAGCCAGUACUUCGGAUCUCACCUGGAGUACACCAAGGUGGAAGACGGUUUGGAGAAAUCCGUUUUCUUAGGGUAGAUCUUCAACAAAAGAGCCUCAGGCACACAUUUCAGAAUCAUCCAGAUUUGUCUCUUUUUCUAAUGUAAUGAAGAUGUGGACUUGAAAAUAAAAGUAACAUGAAAUACAAA